UUCCUACUGUUAUAAUAAUUAUAAAAUUAAUAUUGGAAAAUUUUAGCCAUGCAUCGUGGUGGCAUCAUAUUUUCACAGAUCUUCUUGCAAAGACAACUUCAUUUUCUCUAUUUAAACACCAUCUAUCUCUCACUCUUCUUCACUCACUCACCAUCUCUCUCUCUUCAACAUGAACACACUUCCAUUCUUCCUGCUGCUUAUUAUACACUGUGUUGCUGAUACAGUGGAGCUCAAUGUACCCUCACAACCUGAUGCUACUGUCCACUUCGACACUGGCAACCUCAGCAGAGACGCCUUCCCCAAAGGUUUCAUCUUCGGAACUGCCACCUCUGCUUAUCAAGUCGAAGGCAUGGCCAACCAGGACGACCGUGGCCCCAGCAUCUGGGAUGUUUUUGUUAAAAUACCCGGGAUUGUAGCCAGUAAUGGUACUGGUGACAUUGCUGUGGAUCAGUAUCACCGUUACAAAGAGGAUGCUGAUAUCAUGGCAAAUCUGAAUUUUGAUGCAUACCGGUUCUCAAUUUCAUGGUCCAGAAUUUUCCCAUAUGGAGCUGGGAAAGUUAAUUGGAAGGGAGUUGCAUAUUACAAUAGGUUGAUUAACUACUUGCUUGAAAAAGGUAUUACUCCAUAUGCAAAUCUUUAUCACUAUGAUCUUCCAGAAGCGCUUGAGAAGAAGUACAAUGGAUUGUUAAGUGAAAAAGUGGUGAAAGACUUUGCUGAUUAUGCGGACUUUUGCUUUAAGACAUUUGGAGAUAGAGUUAAGAAUUGGAUGACAUUCAAUGAACCUAGAGUGGUGGCCGCACUUGGUUAUGACAAUGGUUUCUUUGCUCCUGGGAGGUGCUCCAAAGCAUUUGGCAAUUGCACAGUUGGCAAUUCUGCAACAGAGCCUUAUAUUGUGGCUCAUAAUUUGAUUUUAUCUCAUGGAGCAGCAGUUCAAAGAUACCGUGAAAAGUAUCAGAAAAAGCAAAAGGGAAGGAUUGGAAUUCUCUUGGAUUUUGUCUGGUAUGAACCCCUUACAAGAUCAAAAGCGGACAACUUUGCAGCUCAAAGAGCUAGAGAUUUUCAUGUUGGAUGGUUCAUACAUCCUCUUACUUACGGUACAUACCCGAAAACAAUGCAAAAUAUAGUUGGCAAAAGGCUGCCCAAGUUCACGAAAGAAGAGGUUGAGAUGGUGAAGGGAUCAAUAGAUUUUGUGGGUAUUAACCAAUAUACCACAUACUACAUGUAUGGUCCACAUAAAAAAGAGUCAAAGGACUUGGGCUAUCAGCAGGAUUGGAAUGCUGGAUUUGCUUAUGCAAAACAUGGAGUACCAAUUGGUCCAAGAGCAAAUUCUUAUUGGCUCUACAAUGUACCAUGGGGAAUGUACAAGGCUUUAAUGUACAUAAAAGAGCACUACAAGAACCCUACUGUCAUUUUGUCUGAAAAUGGCAUGGAUGAUCCAGGAAAUGUCACUUUUGCACAGGGAUUACAUGAUACCACAAGGAUCAACUUUUACAAGGGGUAUUUGACUCAACUGAAGAAGGCUGUUGAUGACGGAGCAAAUGUUGUUGGCUACUUUGCUUGGUCUUUGCUUGACAAUUUUGAAUGGAGACUAGGCUACACUGCUAGGUUUGGGAUUGUCUAUGUUGAUUACACCAAUCUGAAGAGGUAUCCGAAGAUGUCUGCCUAUUGGUUUAAACAACUACUAAAAAGAAAGAAGCAUUAAGUAGUUUGAAUGUCUUCAUUGUUCAAGUGGUGAUUGUAAAACUACGUACCCCUGUAUCAGACUAACAAAUCUCCUGGAUAAUCUAUGGUUAUUUUGGUUUU